CUAGGGAAAAAUGGCUUGGUACUCUACAACUACCCAGAAGACGCCCUCAUGCCUGGUGAACUUUGUGACACGAACCAAAAGAGCAAAGGUAUCAGUGACCUAACCCUUUGUGAGCGUGGUGUGCUUUCAGACACUCUGAAAGAUGGCUCAUUGACCCUCAAAUGCUUCCAUGCCAAAGAUUAUCCCCAUAGGCUCUUGGUGUCUCACGACCCUGUCAUCUAUGGUGAGGCUCCUGGACCUCAUUCACCCCAUGCAUUCGGACAUUGCUUGUUUGUCAAUGGUCACAUUGAUCGGAAGGGCCCUAGCUGA